AUGGUCACUUGGGAGUUUUUCAAAGCUGCAUUCCAAAGGAAGUAUGUGGUUGCAAGUUAUGUGGAUGCUAGAAGGAAGGAGUUCUUGAACUUGGCUCAAGAAAACAAAUCGGUGGCGGAGUAUGAGGCGGACUUUCUACACCUUAGUAGGUAUGCAAGAGUAAUGGUGGCAACGGACUAUGAGCGUUGCAUUAGGUUUGAGGACAGACUGAGAGAUAGCCUUAGGGUAUUAAUAGCUCCACAAAGGGAGCGAGUUUUUUCGAAAUUGGUGGAGAAAGCAAAGAUAGCGGAGGAGGUAAAGCACAUUGAGCACUUAAAUCAGGAGAAAGAAAGGGGUAAGAAUAAGAGGGAGGCUGAGACCCCGGUUGUUGGACAGAGGCUGAUAAACCGACGUGGAGCACCAGGUAGAAAUGCAAGCCAUGUUGAGGUGAGACAGCUAGCUUUUGUUUAUGCUACUCAUCACCGAGAAGACCGGGAUGCCCCAGAUGUGAUAACGGGUAUGUUUUUUAUAUAUGAGUUACCUUACACAACAUUGAUUGAUAUUGGAUCGACGCAUUCAUAUGUUGCAUGCAAUAUGACUGAAUCUUUGGGUGAUAUAUUUGGAAUUACUGCGAGUGAGAUAGCUGUGAUAAGUUCGUUAGGGCAGUCAGUAGAAGUGACUAAGUUGUUUAGGGAGGUACCCUUAGUAGUCCAAGGGGUUACCUUUUUAGUGGAUUUGAUGGAGCUGUUGUUUAGCGAGUUUGACUUAAUCUUGGGUAUGGAUUGGCUGGUGAAGCACCGAGCCACCUUGGAUUGCACUGCAAAGCAAAUUGUGUUAAGAACGGCAGAGGAUAAAGAAGUGGUGGUGAUUGGUAAACGUCGAAACUAUCUGUCGAAUGUGAUUUUGGUAUUAAGGGCUGAGAAGUUAGUAUGA